AAUCAUUUUUUUUGUUCUGUUGACGACUGAAAAAUCAUUAGCAUAUUUUUUUUCCAUUUAUUAACAUCUGUGACCUCCCAAGCUUGAAUAGUUUUGGCCUUCUGACAAAAUUUUCAAUUAUUGUUCUGUUUGUAGAAAAAAUGUGAUUGUUCAGGGCGUGUGCCAGUUGCGGGAUGGAUUUCGCAGGUAUUAUUUCUAGCAUAUUUGGUGGAGAGUGCCCGAUUUCCCCGUCCAGUGAAUCCGAGGAGGAUAGUUCGUUGAUUUUGUCGGGAUACUUGGUACAAAUUAAUGACUGGUUGGAUAAUAAACUUGAAAAUCACCCCUUUGGCGAAGCAAAAGUGGAACAUAAAACCAACAGUGGGCGUAUUGGACCGAAGCGAACUAUCUUUGAUGUUGCGGAUGAUAAUUCCAUUUUAGUAUCCAAGGAUAGGUUAACUCUGCAAUCGCAGAAUGCAUUUUCGACUGUUAAAGCAAAUUGUUGUGUUUAUUCAGGACGAUGGAUGUACGAGGUUCAGCUUCAGUCGAAAGGUGUGAUGCAAAUUGGAUGGUGUUCUUCUCACUGUAAAUUUACCCAGGAUACAGGAGUUGGUGAUACUCGUUACAGUUAUGGUCUUGAUGGAAGCAAACAGCGAAUUUGGCAUGUUCAUACGCAAAAAUAUGGACCAUUCUGGCGAUCAGGGGACAUAUUCGGGGUUUGUGUUGACAUGGAUGAAGGAAAAAUUGAAUACUUUCGAAAUGGGGCCUCCCUUGGUGAAGCCUUCAAAGAUAUUGAACGUGGGCCUGGGCUGGCGCUAUACCCAGCCGUAUCACUGGCAUUCAAUGAUAGUCUAACUGCCAAUUUUGGUGGAUCUCCGCUAAAGUAUCCCAUACAAGGAUACUGUUCACUGCAAGAAGCUCCUAGUAUUUUCCUGUAUCAGGCAGAUUGUAUUUUACAGUAUCUUGUUAAUCUUUCGGGCAUCAUUUCGCGCUAUUCACAAAAUGAUCUUAUUUCUAUAUGCUCCCAAACGAUUCCGUUGACAUUUGAAACUAUUUACAUGUUGAUUGCUUCGAUGUUAAUCGAGAAAAUAGCACCACUGUUAGUAAAUUCCUAUGUGGUGGAAGAUAAAGUUUUCAAAUAUAUUAAAGGAAUGUGCGUUCUGCGAAGUAACACAAAAAACGAACCUCCCACUCAGCCCGGCUUCCCAGAAAGUACCCUUGGAACAUUUCUCACUCUAUUAUGGACUUAUUUGGAGAUGGAAGAGAUGAAACUUUUCCUUAAAAAGCUGCUCAAUUUUUUGGCUAACACCUAUAAGGAAACUCCGAUUGAUAUGGAAUACGAAAAGCAACGGAAAAUUAUUGUUAUUCUUACUUGCAUUUGCCAGCACCCCAGAACUCGGAAAUAUCUAGUGGAAUAUAAAUUCUUCAAGAAGAAUUGUCUUCCGCUAUUUUUAUAUACUAAACUGCCCGACGAAUCUACCCUGGAACAGGUGCUACCGGACGAUAUAAUCUGGACAAUGGGGCUGGGAGGUCCCCGAGAGCAAUAUCUUGCUGCUUGUGAUCGAUUGAAAGCGCACACGAGCGUGCUUUAUACGCUACAGAAGAAUUUGAUUCUCAUAUUGCUCAACAACGCUGAUGGUAAAAAUAGUAAUUCGCCGUCGAGCCGGCGAAUUUUUCUGACCAAGCUGCGAAAAUUCGUGAUGGAAAGCAAUGCAGAGAUGAGGGGUCUAUUUUCUUCUUCAACUCAACCGGCAAUUGGUUUGUCAUUUCUCUGUGUAUUGCUGGACGUUGCACGAACUCUAUGGAAUGAUGAAAUUACUAGUAAUGAAGACGACGGUUCGGUGCCAGCGUUUAUCGAUCAUCGUUUCUUCUUCGACGGAUCCUUCAAGUAUACAAACAUCGAUCGAAUUGGAGGUGUUCUAUCGUAUCUUAGAAAACAUUUUCGAACUCAACUGGUUGAGCGAUUGGGUGAGGAUCACCCGAGUUUGACAGCUAUCGAUCAGCAGUCGGAUCUUCGGAAUGAAAUAGCUGCCUUCAAUGCGUUUCUGGAUUCUGCUAUAUUUCUAGUAUCCGGUGGUCCUAAUGCAACCUAUUCGCUAGUUUCAAGACAGCCGUCAAAUGUUACUUCGGAUGUUCAUCAGCAGGGAGAGUCUUCCUUAGGAGCUAGUCGAAAUGGUACCGUUGCUGGAGGUUCAAUCAACGGAGGAAAUAUGGAUGUUCGUUUGUCGAUAUGUGAUCUGCUGGACUGCUCAGUUAUUUUCUAUUAUGCAGUUGCUCAUAAAUACGUCAUCAUGAUCGCCGAUCUACGCGAUAACAUUUCUCACCUGUCGGAUAUUUUGGUUGAGACCAAGACGAACUAUGAUGAUGUGGUUCACAAUCUGGAUGAGCUCAAACGAUCCAAUGAUAUAGAAUUCAGUAAAACACAUGAAGAAUUGGUUCAUGAGUUAGACACUCGUUUCGGGCAAAGGAAAAGUAUAUUCGCUAAACGGUCUAUGGAAUUGGCUCGAAAGCAAGCUUGGUAUCGUUCGGUAGCUCUUGGAACUCAUCGCCGAAACCUUCUCUGCUGGCUGAUGGGAAUAAUUUGUGAAACUUUGCAACGCUUCAGCCAAGAUGAUGUCCUGUUUUCAUUUUUGCCGGAGACCUAUGUGAACGUGACACCAGUUCUGUUGGAUACUAUUCUCGAUUUCAGCUUUCACGAUACCGUACUGCAGCACAAUUUGUCGGCAGAUAGACAAUUGAUCAAUGCAGUUGCUGAAUUUUUGGCACAGCAUCUGGCCGAUUCUCGUGUUAUUUUGGCAUCCUGUAAAGAUGCACUCAUACAGGCACUCGGAUCUCUGACUUGUCAUGAAGCUGGCAUUCAUGCACUGGAACAAGCUUCACCUAAAAGUCAGCAAGCGUUUAUCAGAGCUCUACUCAGACCGUACGAGAAUAGAGCCUGGGGACAAAGUAAUUGGCUGUUGCUCAGAUUUUGGUUAGGAGAUGGAUUUGCCUACCGUGAAUCAAGAUCACCGUGUGUUUGGCAGGCCGGAAAAAAGCAGAUGCGAUCGCUAGGGUUGUAUCGUAGUAGGGCCAAAAAUGGAACUCAUACCGGGCUGCUGCAUCUGAUAGCUCCUGCGUGUCCUUCAAAAUAUUUUCAACGUAUGAUCAGCGACAUGUUGAUAAAGGAUGAGCCGUAUUGUACCACGUUUUUGAACUCAGUACUCUCCCAGUUGAAUUGGGCCUUUUCCGAGUUUAUUCACAUCCUUCAAGAUAUACAGAAUGUGUCCCAACGAGAUGAGCAGCACAUGAUCGAGACGAAACAACUAAAGAUUUGCUCUAUGUGUUUUGAGCUGACGGUUUCAUUGAUGCGCGCUUUGGAAAUGAUAGUGACCAUUACUCCCGGUUUGUUGCAGGAUGCUUCCCGUGCUAAUAGUGAAAUUAUGUUAGGACGAAUCUGUCAGCUUGCAAUACAAGUGCUUUCCCGUGUUACCGUACCGCCCGGCUGUUUUCAACAUGUUAUGGAUCUAUGCUUGCCGGAUUUGAGCAAUGUGACUCACUUCGCAAUCAUUAGUGCCGCAAUUGGUAUCAUCUUGGCAUUGAUGAAAAACGAACUUAACAGCGAUGGAUGCAGUGACUCGAACAACGAUGAUAUCACCGUUACGAAAGUACCACGGGUUAGCAAACAUCUACUGACGGAUACUAGUUUCCACAUUACCAGUUUGGAGUUCGCUCUUGGUGAAAUUAAGACUCCAAUUGUGACAAUCCGUGAUGCUCCCAGAGGUAACUUUGAUCCAAAGAUGAGGGCUCAUAUUGAUCCCUUGACGAACGAAGUACGUGUGCCGUCACCCUUCCGGGCAAUUAUCGGAGUGAAGGAGAUUGUUCCCGAUCCCCCGAUCAUUAAAUUCAACAUGGCAGAUUAUCCAAAUCAUGUAAAUGAUGACGAAUUACGUCAAGUAAGACAUUUAAUUGAAAUACUUCAACUGAGACAGACGCUGCUGUCCGAAAUCACCGUAUUCUCGGAAGAAUCGUUGUGUCCCAUCUGUUAUGCUAAGCAAAAUUCGGCCAUAUUCGAACCAUGUCAGCACCAAUCAUGCGAAAAUUGCAUUAUUCAGCAUCUGAUGAACAGUAAACUCUGCUUUUAUUGUAAACUGUUGAUCGUAAAGGUUGAGCGUCCAGAUGGAAUAAUCAUUUACGAUAAUAGCGUUCCGCUCAAUGCUCCCUCACUGCCACAGACUGCGAAUAGUUCGUCCCAGAUGAAUAACUUCGUCGAAGAAAAUGAUUCGCUCAAUGGAAGUAUUCAACCCUAAAUUUACUAGUUAUUUUAUAUAAUUCGUUCUAAUCAACUGUUCUUCAUUGAAUGAUACUAGUCAAGUUCGCUUAACGCGCACCGCUUAUAAAUUAGACAGACUCUUUCACAAUCCCACUGACAAAGGGUAAUCGAGAGUUUAUUUCAAAUAAUUAUGAAGACAUUUUUACACGUCACUAUAUCUGCUUACCGCA